GCACGGAGUGAACAUUCCUGUUCUGGAUCUCAGGAUCAGUCUGUUCUUUUGAACAGAGCAGGGAGAAGCCGCACACCUGGGUAGAAGACAGGCCUGAGCGGAGUUCAGGGAAUCUUCUGUCCGCUGCCGUUUCACCGGAGAGACGAUGGCGACACGGCAAACUUUAAAGACGGUCACUAGCGAGCCUGACUUCCUGCAGUUCAAUAACCUGGCCUGUGAGACGGCUGGAGGAAAGGUGAUUUUCGCCACAGAUGAAUGGUUUGCCCCAGCACAAAAUCUCUUAAAGAGGGAGCCUGCAGAGUUCAUUGCUACUGCCUUCACAGAGUAUGGCAAAUGGAUGGAUGGAUGGGAGACCAGGAGAAAAAGAAUUCCAGGCCACGACUGGUGCAUUGUUCAGCUGGGAGUACCAGGUGUUAUACAUGGGGUCGACGUGGACACCUCCUUCUUCACGGGAAACUACGCUCCCUCUGUCUCCAUUCAGGCAGCGUGCCUCAAAGCAGAUGAGAUCCCUUCCCAAGUGCAAGAAGGAGAACGCAUUGGGAAGGCAGCUACCGAAUCGGAGUUUGAGACUGUUGCAGAGCUGCACUCAGGGACCUGGGAGGAGUUAGUCCCAGUGACGGAGUUGAAGCCUGGCUACUCUGAUUCCUGUCACUGCUAUUUUCCUGUCACCUUCCCACACAGGGUCACUCAUAUUCGCCUUAAUAUGUACCCAGAUGGAGGUAUCGCUCGCCUACGCGUCUACGGUAUCGGAGAAAAAGACUGGUCUGCAGCUCCCAGCUUGGACCUGGUGGAUCUGGUCGCUCUGGUCAAUGGCGGGGUGUGCCAGGGAUAUAGCGAUGCACAUUAUGGACACCCGCGCAACAUGAUAGGUUUGGGGAGGGCGCCCAAUAUGGGGGACGGGUGGGAGACAGCUAGGCGGCUGGACAGGCCGAAAGUGCUGGAGACAGAUGAGAAGGACAUACUUCAAGUUCCGGGUAGUGAAUGGGCAGUCUUCAGACUGGGCCACUCUGGAGUGAUAAGCAGGAUUGAGGUAGACACCAACCACUUCAAAGGGAAUUUUCCAGAUUCCUGUAAAAUCGAAGCAUGUAGUUUGACUCCGGAGGAGGAGGAACAGUACCUAAGCACAAAGUGGGCUGACGUUAAGAGAGGGAAAUGGAAGAUUCUUCUGCCUCCCCAGAAGCUCAAGCCCCACCACAUACACCUGUUCUCUGAGGAGGCCCUGGAGCUGACUGAAGUGGUCACUCACGUCCGGUUGGUAAUCGCCCCUGAUGGCGGGGUCAGCAGGCUUCGUCUCUGGGGUCGCCCCAAAGCCGUCCCCUCUUCAGACACCGGGAAAUUAACCUCUAAACUGUGACACCGCAGAAGUUUUUUGGCACUCGGAACUGUACUUCCCUCUAGGUUCUUUCAUCGCACUCGUCCCUGGUUAUGGUUAUGUUACCUACCAAAACCUGUUCUCCAGAUUUAGUUUUCAAGUACUUGUCAGUCGUUUUCAGACGCACAACGAAUUUCAACCACCAAUUAGAUGUACACGCGAGUGAAAAGUGUUGAUCGCUUCGAGAGCGCAUCCAUGGGUGUCCUUGACCAGAAACACACGGGGGAUAUCAUCUCACAAACAUCCUUCAUUCCGCCCACAAAGGGACCAUCUGUCCUGUGAUUAAUUACAGCGGCUGAUUCUCACUCAAGCUUGUCCGACAUCACGCCGCUGGAGAAACUCCGGUUCGCGAUAGACCCACGUGGAUCAACACACGCUUUUUUACACACGUGUGGUUCGAGGCAGCAAAAAUGCAGAGUCGGCUAUUUGGUUUGAGGGAAAGGUUAACGCGAGAUGUCUGACGUCUGUUUAUAACCAUGACAAAUUGUAGCUUUAUGUUUGCCAGUGAUUUAUCGAGUAGGAAAAGCUGCCCCCCCACCCCCCCAAGUGUCACUUUCCAAGUUAAUUGAUCAUGCCUCAUCAACCUGGCUGAAAUGUGAAAUAAUUUAAUGGCCAAAUGGGCAUAAUUUUGGUGGUAUGUAGGUGGCAAUUGACAUUCAAAGCAAUCAUGAAUCUGUAUAUUAUGUUUAUUAGUUUUUGUCCUAUUUUAUAGCCAAACCUGCAAUUCACAAAAUGCCACUUUACAGAAAUCCCUUUGUUUUGCAGGCCCCUUAAAACUGAAUUGUAUCCUUUGCCAUAAAUAUUUAGAGCUACGUAUUUCCCUAUUCAUGUUAGACAUGAUUAUAUUCAUUAUUAUUCAUGGGUGUCAAUUUAAUUGAGCUGUGAACUGAAACGUGACAUAAAAAUGCUCAGAACGGUUUGCAUGGGUGCUAUUUCUCUUUUGAUCCUUUUUAUAAUUGCUAUAUUAAAAAAUAAAAUGAUUUCUCACCUA